UACAUYUAAUAAUUUGAGAAAAAAACUUUAUUCAAGCAUUUUCUCAUUAAUUGCAUAAUCAGGAGAUUUAUAAUCAGUAUAUACCGUACAUGACGUGAUUUUUACAAUCAUAUAGUGAAAGUUGUAUAAAAAAAUUAAAGUUAUUUUGAAUGCCAAAACAGGUGACCAUAAGUGACCCGCAAGUGUUGAUCGACGAGAUAAACAGGUUUAUGGCUACACUCAAGAAACUACUAUUAUAUUCCGUAUAUAUUUGCAUACAAGUGGCCGGUUUGGCCGCUUUAGGUCUGUGCUGCAAAUGGGUUGUCCACCAUCUGGGCGGCUAUUCACUGGCCACACCCGAACAGAUAUUCAACUAUCAUCCGGCACUAAUGAUACUGUCGAUGAUAGUAAUCAAUGGUAACGGUAUACUUGUCUAUCGUAUACAACGAUGUGUAGGUUAUCGGCAACAAAAGUGGCUACACUUUGGCAUACAAUUUGUGGCCACAGUGUUGGCACUGGUGGGUGCCUAUGCUGUCUAUCACUUUCACGCCGUCAAACACAUACCACAUCUAUAUUCUCUGCAUUCAUGGCUCGGACUAUCCGUAUUGGUCACAAUGAUACUCAUGUCUUUGGCUGGAUUUGUCACAUUUCUAUGGCCGGGACUCGGCUCAAGUACACAGCGACUAAUCAUACCAUUACACGCCUUCUACGGUCUCUUUAACUUUCUUAUGGCCGCAAUGGUUGUCCUGACUGGACUCACUGAGAAAGCAUUGUUCAGUAUGACCAGUCCUGGCCAACAAUAUCGGGACAGUCCACCGGCUGCGCAGUUGGUUAACUUGAUUGGUAUAGCCGUAGUUAUCUGUACGGCACUUGUACUCGGAUUGGCUAUCAAUGAUGACUUACGGAGACGUGUUAGCGGUAGUGGAGACAAACAAACUAAGAAACAUUGAUUUAUUUAAUGAUAAUUAUAGUCAUUAUAUCAUAUAUUUAUUGAACAAAAAUACUAAUAAAAUU